UAAAUGUCACAUGCAAGUAUUUAUAUUGAUUAUUGAGUUGGUUUCCCCUUAAAUAUCAUAGCCAAGGGAAAUGUCUCACUCCUAGUCCCUAUUCGGGGAAGUGGGGUACUGUGCGGUUGGCCAGGAGGAGCAAGUGGUGAAAUAUUUGGGAAGCCUGAGAAAGGUGGAUUGGGCGCCCCUGGAGCAUGCAGGUUGCCAGGAAUGGACAAGCUGGGGACUGGGGCUCCAGGGCCCGUGGGCGGGGAAGGGGCCAAGACGGCGCUUACUGGGUCUUCCUUCCUGCCUGAUACAGGGGUCGCACCGCGCCUUUGCGAGGUCUGCGCGCGGCGGCGGCUGUAAACCUGUCCGCGGGCCGCUGGCGGGGCGGUUGGGGAAGGCGUUGGAGGGAGGCGCGGUGCUCGGUUGAUUAGCGCCCCUCUGCGUCGAGGCGGAGGCAGUUGCCGAGGCCUCAGCGUGUUGAACUUUCAUUUUUGUGGUAAAAUGGAUACCUUGUGGCUUAACCAGUUUGCCAUCCUCCUCUGGAAAAAUUUCAUAUUAAAGAAACGGAAGAUGGGGUCUUUAAUUGUGGAAAUUUCCAUGACAGUGCUCUUCUGUACAUUGAUUUUGCUUCUGCGCAAACAUUCCAAAAGGGAAUUUACACAAGCUACUCUUUUCCAGUCUCUUCCCUUGAAUAAACUUCCCACUUUCCUCACUAAUAAGAAAAAGGAGUAUGAAUUGGUUUACGUGCCUUCUGGAAGUGAUGCGGCAAAAAAUAUUACUGAGAAAGUGAAAGAUGAUUUAAAUGCCAACCUUACAGUUCGAGGCUUUCCUUCAGAAGAAGAUUUUGAAAAGUAUAUUAAAUAUGAAAAUCAGUCUGUUCUUGUGCUGGCUGCUAUAAUAUUUGAUCAUGACUUCAAAAACAGUAAUGACAGAUUGCCACUUAAGGUAAAAUAUCGUCUGCGUUUCCGUUCUAUAAAAAACACUCCAUGGUUUACAGAACUUCUCUUUCCAGUAAAUCCCUCUCGAGGACCCAGGAACCCGAGUUCUGCAGAAGGGGGAAGUCCUGAUUACUACAAAGGUGGAUUCCUGCUUGUACAGCAUGCCUUAGAUAAGGCCAUCAUUGUGUACCAUAAUGGCAGAGCUGCGGAAACACUAUUUGCAAAUGUCAACAUUUUUGUUAGCAGAUUUCCAUACCCUACUUAUUAUAAAGAUCAUUUUUUCCUCUCUUUUUUAUCUCUCUUCCCUUUAGCAGUUUUACUUAUAUUUUCUCUAACUGAACUUACUCUUAUCAGGACCAUUGUUAUGGAAAAGGAAACCAGAUUAAAGGAGUACCAGUUCAUGAUAGGGCUCAGUAAUGGUAUGCUCUGGGCAUCUUAUUUUGUCACGUUCCUUCUGAUGUUUUUAAUUAUCGUCUGUAUACUGUGCGUGGUUUUAUUUGUCAAGGCAAGUAUCUGUUUGAAUGCAUCACGCUGCAGCAACACUUUGAGAGGGAUAAAAUAAUUGUGGGUGGGAGCUGCAUGGGUUUUAGGUUGCAAAAGAACAGAUGUGUUUAUCAUUGACCCUCUGGGGAAUUCAGAAGCUGCUCAGUCUAUCAGCAGAC